GAUUCCGAGCAGAAAGAAUUGGAUGUGGAAUAGGCGUUUUAGGAUUGAAAGGGCCUCGACACAAGUUCUGGGAAGACUUGAGGCAGACGGCUAAGCAUGGGAAUUCCCCCCAGGAGGAUCCUCAAAAGGGAACUUUACAUUUCAGACCUACUGCAUUUCCAGAACUCAGACCCCAGGAAGCUCUCACUGCCCUCCAGGAUUCAGUGGUCUUUAAGGAUGUGGCUGUGGACUUCACCUUGGAGGAGUGGGCUUUGCUGGAUUCUGCCCAGAGGAACCUCUACAGAGAUGUGAUGCUGGAAACCUUCAGGAACCUGGCCUCAUGUCAAUUUAAAAUCAGUGGGUCAGUUUCUCAGCAGGAUAUGAAUGGGGAAAAAAUAUCUAAGGAACAAAAUACCUGUGCCUACAUUUUAGAAAAAAAUUGGUAAAACCAGGGGACAUAUAUGAGAAAUAAUAUGGUAAACAGACUCUUUAAAGAUAAUGAAGGUAAUCAAUGCUUCAGUCACAUGCCCAAUCUUACUCUGUACAAGAAAAUUUUCUCUUCUGGAGAAAAACCAUAUGAGUACACCAAGUGUGGGACAGUUUUCAUGCAUCUUUCUUCUCUAUCUCACUGUGGACAAAAACCGUAUCACGAUCAGAAAUGAAAGCAGGCCUGCAUUUAUCCCUCACAUCUAAACAGUCAUGCAAGACCUCACACUGGAGAGAAACCUGAUGGAUGUAAAUUAUGUGGGAAAACCUUUCCUCACUUCUACUCCUUUACUCAACAUAUCAGGACUCAAACUUCAAAGAAAAACUAUGAAUGCAAGCACUGUGGGAAAGUCUUCAUUGAGUUCUCCAGUCUUACUAGACAUGUGAGAACUCACACAGAAGAGAAGCCAUAUAAAUGUAAGAAAUGUGGGAAAGCCUUUAUCCCUCCCUCCAGUUUUACCAGGCAUGUGAAAACUCACUUUGGUGAGAAGCCUUAUAAAUGUAAGGAAUGUAAGAAAGUCUUUAAUUAUCCCUCAGUCUUUCAAAGACACAUUAUAACACACACUGGGAAAAAGCCUUAUGAAUGUCAAUCAUGUGGGAAAACAUUUCACCAUUCCUACUCCCUCACUCAUCAUAUAAAGAUUCACACAAUAGAGAAAAGCUAUAAAUGCAAGCAGUGUAGGAUAGCCUUCAAUCACAUCUCAAGUUUCACUAGGCAUGUGAGAACUCACAAAACAGACAAGCCAUAUAAAUGUAAACAAUGUGGGAGAGCAUUCAUUUAUCCCUCAACAUUUCAAAGACACAUGAUAACACAUACUGGAGAGAAUCCCUAUAAAUAAAAACCCUAUGAAUGUACGCAAUGUGGGAAAGCAUUCAGUUCUCCCAAAUCCUUUCAAGGUCAUGUGCAAAUUCACACUGGAGAGAAUCCUUAUGAAUGUAAGCAAUGUGGAAAAGCCUUCACUUGGACAUCAACAUUUAGAGAACAUGUGAGAAUUCACACUGAAGACCAACUCUAUAAAUGUGAAAAAUGUGGGAAGGCUUUCACUUCUUCUAGAUCAUUUCAAGGCCACGUGAGAACGCACACAAGGCAGAAACCUUAUGAAUGUAAGCAAUGCGGAAAAGCCUUCAGUUGGUCCUCAUCCUUACAGAAACACGUGAGAAUGCACACUGGAGAGAAACCUCAUGAAUGUAAACAGUGUCAAAAAUCCUUCAAGUGGCCCUAAUCCUUUCAGAGCCACAUGAGAAUGGCCUAUGAAUGUAUGUAGUAUUCAAAAGCCCUUAGUUGUCAAGUCAUUCUUUCUAAAACAUGUGAGGGCACACACUAGAAAUUCUGUAACUGUCAGUAGUAUGGGGAAACCUCAUGUUAAUUCAUGUAUGGUGCUCCAGAAAAUUCACACCAGGAGAGACAUCUUACAAGUUGUAAGUAUCGUAUUGUCUUUGUCAAUACUUCAUUCAUGAAGUAGACUCAUAAGUAAUGAAUGAAUUUUCAGCUCUUUUGAAAAUGUUUAUGUAAGAAAUAAUUAUCUAAAUCUUCUUUUAGCUACAGAACAUAUAUUUGAAUAGUUAAGAAAUUUAAAUGAAAUAAAACCACUUGUCUUUUUGUCUUGAAGUUUAUUGAACCCAUGGUGAUUUGAAGUGUACUUUCAUAAUUUUCUUACUGACCUGGUGUGGUAGAUAGUGGAUAGAUAUCACAUAACUAUUUUUCUUUUUGGUCUUUCUCAUUAUCUAAACACUGACAUGUUUCUUAGUAUGUAUCAGAUUGUGCUUUGUUUUCUAUGAAAUAACAGUUAAAAUUUUAAAGUUCAGUUAUUCAUCAAACGUUAUAAGGUAAAUGCUGGGGCUUACACAUUUAAGUAAAUUGCCAAUGGUCACAAACUGAGUUAGGGACAAAGACAGGAUCAAAGUUCAAAUCAAGCCUUUCCUACACAGAGUCUAUGUUCUUUAUUUGAUGCUAAUUUUUGUGCAUCCCUCAUAUAACAAGCAUUUUGGUCUCAGGAUGUACACAAUUUAAUUAAGACACUGUAUGUUCUAGCUAUAGAAGUACAAAACAAAUUCUUAGAGUCCUUGCUCUUACAUUUUUGUGGACAAAGACAGUUUAUAAAUGGCAAAGUUUUUAUAAGGAAAUAAGGGCUUCGCAAGAAAGUAAACUAUGGCAAGUGAAAUAACAGGAAAUGUAUGGAUGUUCUGUGUAUUUUCCCUAUAGACAGUAGCAGCCUUAGUGAAGAUGCCAUCAUUAAUUUAUAUAUUCUUCUACCUAGUGGGUACUAAAUUAACUGAGAAACUACUCAGGGGUGUUUGUAAAUAGUGGGGAGCAAUACAUACAUACAUAGUUGUGCAUUCACGGAGUUAAUAGUUCUGAAUCCCCAUAAAAAUAAACAGAUAUGCUUCAGCUUAAUUUCUGCAGUGGCUAAAGUUCUUUUUUUGUUUUUCUUUUAGACAGAGUCUCGCU